AUGUUUUCUCGAUCAGCGCUGCGAGCUCUGACAUCGUCCAGCUGCUCGCCUCUAGGCAUAGCGUGCCAAGGGUCAACAAAGCGAUUGGUCGCUUCCUCCAGUCACUUGCGCGCAUACAGCACAGCCAGACCCCUAGCCUACCUCGAAAAGCUCUCCGAGAGUCCGCUGACCAGAUCUGUGGCUCAUCACCCAUCGUCUGGUCAGUCGACGGACUCAUUGGAGCUGGACAGGCACAUCAGCUUGCUCACGCUCGACAGAGCUCCUGCGCGAAAUGCCAUUGGCGUUCAGAUGCUAGGAGAGCUGGAGCAGUGUGUGAAUGCAGUGCGACAUGACGGGUGAGUAUCGAUUCGAUGCUCAAAUUUGCUCAAAUCGACUGAUGUGAAAUCGUCUCGCUUGGUUGACGCAGCACGCGCGUGCUCGUAGUUCGAUCACUGGUUCCCAGCACGUUCUGCGCUGGUGCGGACUUGAGGGAACGCAAGUCCAUGUCCCUUGCGGAGGUAAACGAUUUCCUGCUCGGUCUCCGAAGGACAUUCACAGCUUUAGAGAAGCUCGAAGUGCCCAGCAUCUCGGCCCUGGAUGGGACAGCUCUGGGGGGAGGACUGGAGCUAGCUCUCGCCACGGAUGUUAGGGUGGCAGGGCCUGGAGCCAAACUAGGAUUGACGGAAACUAGACUUGGCAUCAUUCCUGGGUGAGCGGCUGAAGCAGACUGGGUUUGAAUGAGCCUGGUCAUGCGCUUCUCACGCCUUUCCCGCCCGAACGGUCGCUUUCAAUUGGACUCAGAGCUGGAGGCACACUGCGUCUGACAAGACAGGUGGGCUUGAGUCGAGCCAAGGAUCUCAUUUUCAGCGCUCGCAUCAUCGACGGGCGCACGGCUCUGGAGUUUGGCUUGGUGGAGCACUACGCCCCAGCUCAGGACAAGGAUCAUGAAGGCGACGAAGCGCUCAAUUUGUCCGUGCAGCUCGCUAGGUCUAUGGCGGCCAAUGGUGCGUGCUUCCUCACUGUUGCAACUUCGUGAACCGUGCUAGAUGCUGAAAGCUGACAUGUCAUUCGAUCGAGCAGGGCCAUUGGCAUUGCGCGCUGCCAAAGCUGCAAUUGACAGAAGUUUGGGAAUCGACAAGUGAGUCGCUUCCAUGGUGUCCACUGCAUGCUCGGCACCAAUACGCCUCUUACACCGCCUGCGCUCCGCUCAACACAGUGAAGCAGCGCUGGACUGGGAGAGAGCCUGCUAUGAUCGGCUCAUGGACAGCAAUGACCGGCAAGAGGGCUUGCGAGCGUUCGCAGAAAAGCGUGCACCUAGGUAUACAGGGACAUGA